GGGCUUUUUAGCUAUAAUCAAUCUAAAUGGAGGGUGAGAGUAGACGAUAAACAUGAUGUCUGGUUGGAUGAUUUUAUUAUUUUAAUAUAAUGGACGUUUGUUAAGGUGUAAAGUAAUCAUUUUAUAUGCAAAGUGUAGGGAUGCAAACAAUUUACACCAUUUGGUAUGAGAGCAUCUUUAGUGGGCCUUUCUAUUCCUAAGAAUGCAUUGCCACCUAAAAUAAAAUUGAGGGCAAGUAAAAAAACAGUCUCCAAUGGAACAAUCGAUUUGCCCCUUGCUGAUGAGCUGGAACGGGAGAUAACCCACGCCUUCUAUUUCUCCAUGGACUUUCAGCAAGCCCGUCCCACGCUUGACUCAGCAAAAAUUUCAUCUCCCGCGCCGCAAGUUGUUAGCGGGAAGUGAAAAAAUAUCCGCCAAAUCUCAAAAUUGAAGGCCAUAAAAGGCUCCUCUAAUUUGAUUUCCGCUAUUUCUUCUUGGUUGCUACUUCACAUCUGCUAUUCUUUGCAUCUGCUAACUCAUCACUCAGAAGUUUUCCAGAUGGAGACAACAUCGCAACCAUUUGCUUAUCAUGAACAUAUUCAGAAAGACGCUGAAAUAACUGAUCUCACUUCUGAGCAUGGCAGCGCUUCACAGAUUAACUCACAGUCACCAAUGUUCUCAUCUAUCCCAUUCGGUCCACCAAACAUGACUUUUAAUCCUAAUUUUAUGAUGCAUCCUUCAUUUCCUCGUGGUCACUCACCCUUUGGGUAUGGAUUUCCUUUUCAAGAUCUUUCAAACCCUUCUACUGUUCCAUUGGAGAGUCAUGUUGCUAAAAUGAGCAGAGCACCAGAAAAAAGUAACAAGCGCGUACAAAAUACGAGUAUCUCUCAGACAGUAGGAGGCAACAAAAACUGGAGCAAGGAUGAAGAUGUAGCACUAACAAGGGCAUGGCUAUAUAUUUCUGUUGAUGCUGAUGUUGGUAACAACCAAAAAAUUGCUAAUAUGUGGAAUCGUAUCUUCCAUGUUUGGAGGGAGAAUAUGGGAACUUAUGAUGAGUCUCGCACAACAAAUGCCUUACAAGCUCGUUGGGCUAAGAUCGUAGUUGCAGUGAAUAAAUUUCAUGCUUUAUAUGAACGACUACAAAGGCAGCCAAAGAGUGGAGCAAGCCAGGAAGAUAUGAGGCGAGAGGCAAUGCACAUGUACGAAGAUAUUAAUAAUGGCCAGUCUUUCAAGUAUGAACAUUGUUGGGAUAUCAUGAAAAUAAAUUCCAAAUGGUGUGUAAAGGAGGUUACUAGGACCAAAGAUAUCUCCAAGCAAAAAGCUACCAAUGCAAGUGGUGAUACCCGAGUACCAACUCAACCAGGGAGUUCAGGUAAUGCAGGUGAAAACUGUACCAAUGUAGAUGGUAAUGCUGGUGGUAAAUGCAAUGAUAUUGAACGCCCUGAAGGAAGAAAGGCUACUAAAGAAAAAAAGAGGAGGUUGAAUGAUGAAAAAUGUGUAGUUGAUGUUUUGAAUAAGAUGCAAACUACAAUGGAAAAACAGAUUUGUAUUAGUCAGGAGGAGCUCAAGAUGAAGAGGGAAAAGGACUUAAAAGACUUUGAGUUACGAGAAAAGAUAAUGGAAAAAGAGUUGGAGCUAAAAGAACAUGCUCAGAAAUCGAAGGAGAAGGAUCAACAGUUAAAGGAGAAGGAUCAACAGUUAAAAGAGGCUGCUCAAAAGUUUAAGGAGAAAACUCAAAAGAGAAUUGAACAAGAGCGUAUUUUGAAUCAAGAUGUCACCAAACUUCCCGUAAGCAUUAGGCAGACAUUUGAGAUGUAUCAAUCUCAAAUUAUAAAGGAAUGGGAAAAUGAUGGACUUUUUGGUGUGAAUCACAGUUAAAGAAGCUCAAGUCUUGAGGAAGCUAAAUAGUAAUACUUGUUGGAAGACUAGUUGUUUAUUAUUUGUGAGUUUGUGUUUGGUUUGCUAGUUUGGAACAAUUCUUGUUAUUGUUUACAUAUACUUUAGGUUCUCUUUUACAACUUAUUGUAGCUCUCUUUUAAACCAGAUUGCUGGUUUUAAAAUA